AUGGACGACGAAGAGGACGCUGAGUACCUACCAGCAAGAGGAGCGAAGGGUGACCCCAGUGUGAAGUCCUUUCAGUCAGUGGUGGGAAACCUGCUAUGGAUUGCAAGAUGCACACGCCCAGACAUUUGUUUUGCAGUGCAUAAGACAACAAGACAGACUCACAAGCCGACACUCAAGGAUUGGAAGACCGCGAAGCGCAUCAUGCGAUACCUGAAGAUGUCCAAAAAUUUAAAGCUGCACCUGGAUGGUGCUGGACAUGUGUCAGAGGAUGUGCAGGUCGAAUGCUGGAGCGAUGCCGAUUUCGCUGCGAGCAAGGUUGACCGUAAGUCAAUAUCAGGAUGUGUACUAACUGUGGAUGGCGCAGUGGUUCUGUGGCUGUGCAAGAAGAAAUCGGGCGUACCGCUGAGCACGAUGGAGGUUGAGUUUAUCUCAGCGUCGCAAGCUGGUCGGGAGCUGCUUGGUAUGAGAGAACUACUGAGUGAAUUGAAGCUACGCGUACGUGAGCCCAUGCCGAUGUGGAUUGACAACCAAGCGGCGAUCAAGCAACUCUAG